UACAGGGUGUGACGGGACUGUAAGCAGAACGUUGAAGAGACAGUGACUUGGUGAGUUUUGCUGUUAAAUAUAAUCAAGAUACCAAGGAAAUGGCUGAGAAAGUUGCUCUGGUUGAAAGUUACCUGAGUUGCCAUGUGUGUUCAGAGACUUUCAAAGAUCCUGUGUCUCUGAGCUGCAACCACAGCUUCUGUUCAAGCUGCCUGAAGAAAUUCUGGGAACAAGCUAAAAACAAAAACUGUCCCAUUUGUAAAAGGAAAUCCUCAAAGGAUUUUCCAACUGUAAACUUUGGACUGAAGGAACUGGCUGAUUCUUUUGCUGGGAGACAGAAAUCUGGAUCAUCGGAGACAGAACUGGGAGAGAAGAAGGUGGAGGUGGUUUGUGGUAAACAUCAAGAAGAGCCUAAAUUGUUCUGUAAGGAUGAAGAUAGAGCUGUGUGUCCUGUCUGUGAGUUUUCUCUCCACCAGAGUCACAAGGUGGUUCCUGUAGAACAAGCAGUCAGUGACCUGAAGGAGCAGCUGGAAUCUGACUUAAAGUCUCUACAGGACAAGAGGAACAAAUACAAACAAGUGGAGAAAACAUACAGUGAAGUGAUUCAACACUCCAAGAAGCAGCUGUUGUCCACAGAGAGGCAGAUCAGAGCAGAGUUCAACAAGCUCCACCAGUUCCUGAAAGAGGAAGAGGAGUCCAGACUGGCAGCUCUGAGGGAGGAAGAGGAGCAGAAGGGGAAGACUAUCAGCAGAGAGAUGAAGAUGAUUCAGGAGCAGAUCUCCUCUCUGUCAGACAGUAUCUCUGCUGUUGAAGAAGACCUGCAGAAACACAACGUGCCGUUCCUCAGCAGUUAUAAACCCACUCAGACCAGAGCCAGAGCCCAGUGCUCACUGUCAGAUCCACAGCUGCUCUCAGGAGCUCUGACAGAUGUGGCCAAACACCUGGGCAACCUGUCCUUCAGAGUCUGGGAGAAGAUGAAGGAGAAGGUCCACUUCAGUCCUGUCAUUCUGGACCCAAACACUGCAAACCCCUGGCUCCAUCUGUCUGAUGAUCUGACCAGUGUGAGACAUGGAGACACAAAGCAGCAGCUCCCUGACAAUCCAGAGAGAAACACUCAGUAUCACAGUGUUCUGGGCUCUGAGGGCUUCAGCUCAGGGAAACACAGCUGGGAGGUGGAGGUGGGAGACCAUCCUGACUGGAUUGUGGGUUUGGCUAAAGAGUCAGUUGACAGGAAGGGAGAGUGUCCUGCUUCACCAGAAUAUGGAAUCUGGUGUUUAUCACAUGAUGAUGAUGAAUACACCGAUGGUGAGGAAAAGACUGUCACAGUGAAGAAGAGUCUCCAGAGGAUCAGAGUCCAGCUGGACUAUGACAGGGGGGAGGUGUCCUUCUACGACCCUGAAGACACGACUCCCAUCUUCACUCACAGAGACACUUUCACUGAGAAACUCUUCCCAUAUUUUAAUAUUGGAGAAGCUGGUGACGCCAAAACCUCUGAUAUCAAACUGUGUCACACUGAGAUUUCUCUGUGAUGUUCAGGGAUGUUAGUUUUUCUCUCAUGAUGGUUUGAGGUUUAUUACACUCUAAACUCAUCAUCACAUUUUACAGCCAAGCUGCUUCUACACCUGCUCACCUGUCAUUUAGUCUUUAAAAUAGAUGUGAUUUGGUGUUGAGGGUCACUAAAACAUUUAGCUCCUUGUUUCUAAUAAUAUCAUCAUCAUCAGUUUUAGUUUGUAAGAUUUCUGAUUGAUUAUUAUUUUUUCUUUUGUUUUUGAAGAGAAUUGAUCUGUUGUUGGGGCUCACAGAAACUUUACUGUCUGAAAUUGAUCAUGUAAAAUGAUUUUUAUCUUCAAUCGCUGUUGUCAUGGAAACUCCCUGUAAAUACAUGAAAAUCCAAAUUGUUGUUUUUAUAUGCAAAUCAUUUACUUACACUUUUGUUUACUUUAGUUCAGAUUUAUUCAUGAUGGUAACUUUAGUUUGUAGGUUUGUUGGAUCUUUAUUCUUAAAAUAAAGAUUAAUGUCCAAUAAAAAGUGACAACAAACUGCUGAAGCUGUAUCACAUCAUCAGGAGACAAACUUUACAAAUCAGAGCUGUUCAUUAUCCUGGUUCUCAGCAUCUUGUUUUGAGUCAAACAACAUUGUAUAGUAGUUUAUAUCCACUGUCCUGAUGCUCUGACUGUUUCACUUCUGUGACAGUUUGUUCAUCAGCAGUUUUACUUUUUGAUCUUCUUGUGUCAUUUGAUGAGUUUUGGAUCUGUAGUUUUAUUCUUUGGAAACAGAUGUUUUAAUAGAGAUUCAUUUUAAUGAAGUAUUUAAUCACACUGCCUCUUCAUACGUUAUUUGUCAUUUUUGUAUCGGUCUACUUGGUCAAUGACAUGAACGCUAAAUGUCCAGUUCAUAAUGGUGAGAUAUAGGUUUAUCAAAUGUACAUCUUAUGGAUGCUACUUUACAUGAUGUGUAAAUAAAUCACCAGCAAGUUUUAUUCAGACUUUUUUUCAGACAGGAAAUGAGAUUUAUUUUAUGAUUUGUUUCCGUUUCUGAUAAUCGUCAUUUUAGAAAACUCAGUGUGAAUUACAGUAUACUUGUAUGUAUAUCAUAAAGCAGCACAUUACUUCAUCUUGAUAUUUCCUUUUGUGACUUCACAUGAAAACAAACUUGAAAUAGUCAUAAAUAUGUAAAAUUAUGUGAAGAAUAAAUCAUUGCAUGUUGGAGAAAGGUUGUACAACUUGUUUGAUUUUGUUGGAGUUGCAUUGGUUUUCACAGCAGUCAGCUGCUCACUGUGUGUGUGAUCUCACAGUUAGAAUCAGUCAGAUCUCAGAUCCGAGGAUGGAUCAUAUAUUACUAUUAUUAUAUUCUCUGAUCGUUGUUUCAACAUUUGACUUGAAUUGAAAUGAAGUUCAGAAUAAAAGACAAUACGAAUAAAUAAAACAAAAACGAAUUAAAAGCUUUUUUCUCUAUAUUUAGUUCUAUUGGAUGAAUUGAACACAGAUAUAGGAGCAGACUACUGCGAUAGAAAAAUGAAAACGUUGUUAAACUUG